CCCCCAACGAGUGCGGUCAAGUACUUGCCCUGCAAUGUUCAGUAACGCGCUUUAAGUGCCGCGUAGUAAACAAUCCUCAAUGGCAUGAAAAAACCCAUCGACAGGUGUCUGUCCUGCAAACCUAGCGGUUGUGAAGAUUUGCUGUGAUUUAUGAAAAGGCUUCGCGGUUCAUGCAUUUCGACAUAUGAUUGGAUGUAUAGGCUGUACUGUACGGUACGUUAGGCACUUGAUGAAACACAAUAGACACAAAUUACUUCGUGUGGUUCGGAGCUCUCAGCAUCUGAAUAAUGCUCGUUCAGUGACAUUUCUGCAGUCCCUCUAAAUACACAAUUUCGGAUUGUUGUUGGGAAGACUCUGCAUUUGAGCUGUCAGUGAUGGACGGCAUCGGGAACACCAUGCAGAAGAAGGCGGCUGAGCUCGAGCGCAUGGCCGAAGUCCUCGUUACAGGAGAACAGUUACGGCUGCGACUCCAUGAGGGUAAAGUGAUCAAAGACAGGCGGCAUCAUCUCCGCACCUACCCAAACUGCUUUGUGGCCAAGGAGAUUAUUGAUUGGCUGAUUGAGCACAAAGAAGCAUCUGAAAGAGAAACGGCCAUCAAGAUCAUGCAGAAACUUCUCGACCAGAGCAUCAUUCACCAUGUUUGUGAUGAGCACAAGGAGUUCAAAGAUAUGAAGCUGUUCUACCGUUUCAGGAAAGAUGAUGGAACCUUUCCACUCGAUAAUGAAGCCAAAGUUUUCAUGAGAGGCCAACGUAUAUAUGAAAAGUUGAUGAACACUGAAAACUCCCUGUUACAAGCACGUGAUGAGGACGGGGUGACCUACGAGCGGACGCUAGUGGCGUCAGAGUUUAUAGACUGGCUGCUGCAGGAGGGUGAAACGGACACGAGGGAGGAGACUGAGCAGUUAGGACGCAGACUUCUGGAGCAUGGCAUCAUUCAGCAUGUUUCUAAUAAGCAUCACUUUAUGGACGGCGGACUGCUUUAUCAGUUCAGGAUGAAUUUUCGUCGGCGGCGGCGAUUGAUGGAGCUCUUGAACGAGCGCUGGCGUAGCAUCCCAGAGAACCACGACAGCCCUUUCUGUCUGCGCAAACAGGCCUCCGAGGGGGGAAACACUAGCUUCCUUUCAGUGAGCCCCACUAAAGAGAUCAAGUUGGUGACUGCAGUGAGGCGGAGCAGCUUGAGCAGCAGCUGUGGCAGCAUCGGUUACUAUAGCAGCAGCCCCACCCUCAGCAGCAGCCCCCCUGUGCUCUGCAACCCAAAGUCUGUGCUGAAGAGACAAGUGAGCCCAGAUGAACUUCAGGCACCUGGUGGACAUUUCAUAAAGAAGACAUUCACAAUUAUGGGAGAUGCAGUGGGCUGGGGGUUUGUGGUGAGAGGAAGUAAACCCUGUCACAUUCAGGCAGUGGACCCCGGGGGCCCGGCUGCAGCUGUGGGAAUGAAGGUGCGUCAGUUUGUGGUGUCAGUUAAUGGACUGAACGUGCUCAAUCUGGACUACAGGACUGUCAGUAACCUCAUCCUUACUGGUCCCAGAACAGUGGUUAUGGAAGUUAUGGAAGAAGUAGAAUACUGAAGAUAAGAUAAGUGUCUUUCUUUCGUGAGAGAGAGAUGAGAGACUAAAUGUUCAGAGAGCGGACCUCCUGAUUCUACUCUUUAUUUGAAUCCAGACCAUUAGUGUAAAGAGCAUGACACUAAUCCAUGCUUUGAAAUUUGUGCCUCCCAUUGGCUCCUCAUCGACUGUUACUAGUCCACGUCUGCCGAGACUGUAACUGGACAUAAUCUGCGAGAUCAUGUGAGCAACUGCCAAAUAUAAUGUUGUUGCAGAUAGAACCGUAGCAGGUGAAACCGUUAGAACACAUGCUAAUGUGUUUGUGCCAUUCAGGUGAGAGCAGAAUUCAUUGCUCUUUAAGUCUUUCUUCAUUUACAGUUUUAGAGAUGCUGUGAUGCGUGUCGAGCAAAUGACAAGCACAACAUUAAGUGGCAGCACUUGCUGCUUCAGGUUUAUUAUUGAUUAUUGAUCACAUAAUCUUAAUGUGGUUAGAUUUGAAUAACUACCUUUUAUCCCUGUCAAGCACACCCGCACAACCAUUUAUAUGCAGGAUGACCAACAACAGCACUUAAAGAAUCUGUUUUUUAGCCUAAACGUAAAAGGGGGUGUUUAAAUGGUAACGCACAUCUAAAAGAUGUUGUGUUGUGUCUCAGUCAGUGUUGGGUGUAACUAGUUACUAAGUAAUUAGUUACUGUAAUUAAAUUACUUUUCCUUUGAAAAAGUAAAGUAAGGGAUUACUCUAAUUUUUUUCUAUAAUUUAAUUACAGUUACUUCUGAUGUAAUUAAACUAAAUACUUUGUGUUAAAAUUCAAAGUCUAACUUUAAAAUCCGUGCUUUAAUGUAUAAUUCUCACAUUUGUAAUACUUUGGUCAGUUAAUAAUACUACUUUAUGUAGUUUAAUAUUAUUUAUUUGAAUGAAUUAAAACAGCCGUUUCAUGUCUAUCCUUGAAUCACUUAACUAAUCAAGGUUGAUAUAGGAUAUAGAAAGUAAUUCGUAAUAAGUAACUAAAUACUUUUCGUAGAGAGUAAUUUGUACAGUAAACUAAUUACACUGUUGAAUAUGUAAUUAGUAACUAGUAGUAAAUUACUUUUUCAGAGUAACUUGCCCAACACUGGUCUCAGUCCUUGUUUUACAGGUAGCCUACAAGUAUCUUGUAAAAAUAGCUCCUUUGUGUUUUGUCUAUAUGCCCAUUAGGCAACAAGAAAGCAAUCAAGUAGUUAUCUGCAUAAUGUUAUUAUUAUACCAUAUGACAAAAUAACUUAAAAAAAGCAAUUAAUGAGACAAUGCAAUAGUGGCAAAGCUAUGUAGCAAGUUUAAGAAAUACAUCCGUAACACUAUAGAAGAAUUAUUAGACUAAUUGGAUACAAUAGUCCUGUAUGUGUUAAGAACGUCUAUGCAUGUAUUGUGUACGAAUGCAGUUGUGCAUUUAUUUGUGCAGGAAUCAAGACAGUGUGUAACUUCAGUAGUGUAUUAUUCAUCAUGACACAUUUAAAUGUGAAAGUUGUAAAUGUGCUUGUUUAUCUCAUAUCAAUACAACACUCAUUCCCUGUAUUUCUUAUUGCAAAAACAUGCUAUCUUUGUGGGACGGUUGUUUCACGGAACAACAUUUUCUUAUGAUUAUACAGUACGUUUUGUCUGUAGAUAAUAAGCACAAAAAUAAGCUUGAAUCUUCUGCCUUAAUGACUCAUAUCGUGCUGCUAAUUCUCACGGCUGGUCUUGUAACAUCUUUACUAAUCGUACAGAACAUAAUGUGGCUGUUUAUUAGUGAAGAUAGAUUUUGGGGUGUUCUUGACAAUCAGCAUUCUUUACUCUUGGUAGUCUGAUAAAUACUGGUGUAAACGUGUCACAUUUACCCUACCGGCAGAAUGCAAAAGAUGAUCUGAAAGGUCUGUUUUUUAAUCACUUUUUAGUUCUAGAUUAAAUAAGGGAGAAUUUCGUCCAAAACUCACUUCAAUUCAACUGAGUUCAAUGCACGUGUGUCUAUGUCUGUGUGCAAGGGGGAAACUGGUACCACGUCUGUAUUUCUCUGUGGAGCUCUAGAUGAUAAUUAUUGUCAAGUUGAUUAAUGUUUUAUUAAACACACUGAUUUUAUUUAAAGAUUGUUCUCUGUUUCUUAAUUCUUC